AUGAUCAACAAGCUAGAUGUCGAUAGAGAAUCAAUACACACCCAAGCCUCAUCGUUCGGGGAUAUAUACUCUACUGAUAAACCAAUGGAUGAAAAGGGUUGGAAAGACGAGCGACAGGCAUGGGAUAUAUUUAAAAUGACGAACGCCGAAAUGCGAUUCCAAGAAUCGCACGCUAUGAUGAAAUGCAUUCAACAACUUCUUUUAUUGGUAGCUUACGCUGUGAGCUUCGUUUUGGUGUUCGGAGCUUCUCUCAUUAGUUUCGCGACCUUCAUAUUUAUGACCUCAAAUAUAAAAAUGUACAACAAAAUAGGAUCUACAGGAUCAAAUGGAAUAUUGAAAGUCUCGAAUAAUUGGACUAGUAUGAGGGAAGCCUCACCUAGCAAUAAAUCAAUCCAUAGAAUGGUACUACCUCGCUUCUACGAAGAGCAGCUGUGUUACAAUACAAAUAUCACUCGUUUACCGCUAGAGUGGUUUGCUGAACCGGGCCCUAGAUGGUUAUGGACAUUUUUGGCAGAAACUUCCCACACAAUCGCUAUCGGAAUAUUUGUAUUUUCUGUUCUUCCCAACAUAGAUGCGGUAGUUUGUUGUAUGCUUGGCCCUUCCAUAUGCUUGAUACCCGCAUUACUGCAACCGCUCUCAAGGCCGACUGGUUGCAAAUAUUACGUUAUAAAGAUAUUAUUGGAUAUCGUUGCCUUGUGUGGACAAAUCAGUGCGAUCGUAUAUUGGAUCAUCAAAUCUUCAAAUCCGCAUUAUAAACUCUACGGCAAAAACGAUCAAUGGAUGAUAACAUUAGCCUUGUGUCUUAUAUCCUUUUUGUGGUGGGAUAAUUACAUUGAAAAAACUAUAUCAAUCCCAUUUUUGUCUAAAUUAAGCCGUUAUAAGGAUACGUUAAGGAGGACCCGACCAGCUAUACACCUAAUAUUAAGUUGUUGGAACAUUUUAUUGUAUUUCGCUAUAAUGAUCAUGUUUUCCACUAAUUAUUAUAGUUUGAAAGAUAUGUUUGACUUUAAGAGCAUUUUUUGGUAUGAGGCAGAGUUGCUAACACCUGAAAUAAAGGAUUUCCCUGCAGACAAUAUAAUAGAUGAGCAGCUCAAUGGUAUUACCUCCGACAUGACUACAAACAUUAUCACGGUUGCAACAAAAACCAUUUCAACUACCUUAAAGGGCAUCACUGAGCAUCCCGCUUCGAUUUCAACAUUAUCAUCAAUAUCGACAACAUUGAAAAAUAUAGUAAAACGAGAUGAAAAUUUAGUAUUGAAUAGGAAUAUUCGAGAAACCUUAUCACCCAUAAAUUGGGAUGACUCAAAUAUUCCAGAUACAGGAAAAAAUGUGCAUCUAAUACGAUACAAAGACUAUUUAUUGGCCUUAGUCAUACAAACUUGCUCUUCGCUGCUUUUAUAUUUCGUUAGCAUUUUUUCUUGCAAGACCGUUUUGCAAAAAUUUAGUUUCGCCUUUCCCAUUUUAGCCUCCGGGCCCAUUUUAGUUUACCUUAUGAUGUUUUUGACAGAAAUGAGAAUAAAUGAUCCCUGCUUUUUGGCGAGCGUUAUUCCGAGCCACCUAUUCUGGAAUGUCGUAGAAUACAAUCCUAACGCAAAACUUACGACUGUUUUAAAUGCUUUUCAAAAUAAAAAUUCUAUCUUAAAAUAUGAAAACACGCGGGCGGAUUCGAUGGGAGUGACAGGGUAUUUAUGGAUGGUAUGGAUGUUAUCCAUGUGUUGGAUUACCUCCCACAUCUGGUACCCCAAGGGUGACAGAUUAGAACAAACUAACAAACUGUUCACGCAACCAAUGUAUUGUCCCGUCUUUACGGCUAUCAGUUUAUUGCUAAGUCGGGCAAGAGAAACGACGGAGGGAGAAGCAAAAAAUCACAUACAUAUUGAGGAUUCUAUUAAUGACUUAGAUUCGAAUCCAUCCGAAACGGAUCAGGCGACUCCCAAUAGCAAUGUAAUCCCAAGAAUCUAUUUUUGCGCUACAAUGUGGCACGAAAAUUUGACCGAAAUAACCCAAUUGAUGAAGUCGAUCUGCAGAAUGGACAUAGAUCAAAACAAUCGCAGAAUGCGACGAAAUUACAUGAAGGUUGAGGACUCUGAUUAUUAUGAGUUUGAAGCUAAUAUCCUAUUCGAUGAUUCCAUGGUCACCACAAUUGAAUCUUCCAUACCCAGCAUUUUGAAAGAAGGCUCAUUUAAUCUAACCAACGACACUCUUAGAAUUUCUGUUAAAGAAGAAAAAAUCACCGUAGUGAGAACAAAUCAAUUCGUAAAAUUGCUAUUUCGAGCCAUGAAAGACGCCUCUGAAUGUACGUAUGAUACAAGUGUUACACUGAAUCCGCCAAUGAAGGUUCUCACCCCAUACGGAGGUCGAUUAGUAUGGAAAUUACCUGGGAGAAAUAAAAUAGUCGUGCAUUUGAAGAACAAAAAAUUGAUUAGGCCCAAAAAAAGAUGGAGCCAAGUUAUGUACAUGUACUACCUUCUAGGGUAUCGACAUAAUAAACGCAUAUCAAAAUGCGGGGCCGAUAUAGCCCUAGGUAAAGAGGUGGCGGACAAUACAUUUAUCUUGGCUUUAGAUGGAGACGUUGAUUUUCAACCUAUUUCCGUUAUUAGACUGGUUGAUUUGAUGAAGAAAAAUGUAAACGUAGCUUCGGCAUGCGGAAGAAUCCAUCCCGCCGGUACUGGUCCCUUAGUAUGGUAUCAAAAGUUUGAAUACGCCCUAGGCCAUUGGCUACAAAAGGCUGCGGAACAUAUGAUAGGUUGUGUUCUAUGCAGUCCUGGUUGUUUCAGUUUGUUUAGAGGAUCAGCACUUAUGGCUGACAAUGUGGCUAGAGUCUAUACUAAGAUGGCAGAAGAGCCUUGGCAAAUAGUUCAAUAUGAUCAAGGCGAAGAUAGGUGGUUAUGCACAUUAAUCCUUCAACAAGGCUAUAGAAUAGAAUAUAGUGCGGCUUCUGACGCUGUCACAUAUUCGCCAGAAGGUUUUGAUGAGUUUUUUAAUCAAAGGAGACGUUGGAUACCUUCGACUAUGGCCAAUAUAUUGGAUCUUUUAAGAACAUAUAGAAAAACAGUAGCCGUAAACGAAACAAUCACGUUUUCUUAUAUAUUGUACCAAGCUAUGAUGUUUGUCAGUACAAUGAUUGGACCUGCUGUUAUCAUAUUAUUGUUAGUUGGAUCUAUGAGUGCAACCUUUUAUCUCACGCUAUGGGGGUCUAUAGCGCUCAAUGUUAUUCCAAUCAUUAUAUUCGUUGUGAUGUGUUUUAAAACUACCAUCAAACAUCAAUUAUUAUUCGCUAAAAUUCUGGCCGGUGUAUACGGAAUAGCUAUGUUAUCCUUCUGCAUUCGUGCCAUGAUUCAAAUUCACGAUGAAGGUAUCCAAAGCCCAGCAGCCAUAUUUAUAAUCAUAUUGGUGAGCGUGAUCUUUGCCGCAUCAAUUUUGCACCCCGAAGAAUUUAAAAACGUCAUAUACGGCUUACUUUAUCUAUUAGUAGUUCCAACCAUGUAUCUUGUUUUGAUCAUAUACUCCCUCUGCAAUCUACACAUUGUUUCGUGGGGAACUAGAGAGAUAGUUAAAGUUCAAUUGGAAAAAACUGAUCAAAAGAAGAAAAAUUGGAUUAAGAUAUUGUGGGAAGAUUUUAUUAGCCUAAAAGAAUAUAUACCAUGUAUAGAUGACAAAGCAAGUGCCUUGGCAAAGGCUAAAGAUAAGAGGGCUGUUUCAAAGUCUAAUUUAAGUGUGGAAAAUAGACCCGCGACUCAAACUCUUUUAAAAGAUCCAACAAAUUUGAGUAAUGACCACACUAAAAGCCUGACAAAAGCUGACAGUCAAAUAUUUCCCGAAAUCAAAGUUAUACCAGUUAAUACGUCGGAAUACCCAUCACUUCUAGGUCAAGAAUUAAACAAAACAGUAAACCAAACAGUUAUACCUACGAUUAACAUACAAAAAGAUGACUCUAAAGAUAACAAAAAUACCAAAGAAAGUCAUAAUUGGUGGAAUUCGAAUUGGAUGGAAGAUCCAGAAUUACCGCUUGGGCCUAUAGGAGCAUUGACUGGUGAUGAAAUUAGAUUCUGGGAGGAGUUGCUUAAGAAAUAUCUUCUACCCAUAGAGCUAAGUGAGGAAAAGAAAAAGGAAAUUGCUGAUGGUCUCAUUCAAUUACGAAACAAAUCAGCCUUUGGUUUCCUAUUGGCUAAUUUAAUAUUCAUUAUCGUGAUUCUCAUGCUACAAAUGAAUAAAGAAUCGCUGCACGUCAAAUGGUACAUAAGUGGGUCAAAGAAAUAUCUAAAAUUGGAACCUUUGUCGUUAGCACUUUUAGCCUUCUUUGUAAUCAUUUUGGGAAUACAAUUUAUAGCCAUGCUCUUCCAUCGAUGGAAUACCCUACUCCAUAUACUAGCUUCAACUGAACUAUUUUGUUUCAAAAGCAACGAAAAAGAAAUUCCGUUAGAAAUUCAUUCUCCCGAGGCUUUGAGGAAGCACAACUCAGCUCGAUUCAAUUUUGCCCAUAAAAAUACGGGCGAAAACGCUUCUUUGAACAAAGAGGCUAAUAAUAAAUUACAAGUACCAUCCCCUAAACAAAUCUCUUCCCUUUUUCAUCAUUCCUUCUCUAACGAUGAUAUCAAUGGGAAGGCAACGCUUAACACCAAAACGGAUAAAAAAAAUAGGAAAAAAAUCGGGGGCGUCAUCGAUGGCAAAGUGAAUAACAAUUCUCUUCUUUUGAACACCAAACCUGUCGAUCUGCCAAAAAAUAACAAAAACAUCCACAAUUCGUCAAAUUUAACUGAUCUAUCGCUUAAUUCCGUAGUUAGCACCGACCCUUUUAAGAACAAGGGUAACCUGAGAAGCGAAAUAACUAGUACCCCAUUAAAAUCCGAACCUGUUUCAUCAAAUAUGCCAUCGUAUAGUAAGGUCAAAAAAAAUGGGCCGCGGGAACAACCUAAAUUGGAAGAAAGGAUCGAUGAUCAAAGCAUUGUGUCCGUUGGCUCGAAAGAUGAGAGCGAAGAGAUGGACGUUAGCGAUAUUCUAGAUGACGAUAUCAUUUAUAGCGAUAUCCCUCCCGUCAAUGAAAAUGCGGUAUCGGAGUCGUCUAAAAUUAACGAUGAAUUAGAUGUGAGUCAAAAUCGCGGGGACACCUUAAUGAGCGAUCUUGACAAAGUAAUGGUAAGAAAUUUCGAAAGAAACGAAGAAUCUAAUGUCCAGAUCCCGAGGAACGCGAAUUCAAAAAAUGUAUAA